AUGCGCCGCCACAUUCUAUUCACUUCCUUACUACCAAUUUUAGCUAGUUCUCUUCUUAGUUCAGAUUUGACGUCGAACCAUCAAGGAGCCACGGGAACAGUAGGUGCCAUCUUCCAAUCGGAACCCUCCACCGGCCUAUCUUCUGAAUAUUAUGGAAAUACGGAUUUGACGACGUCAAGGAAUCAGAAUCCAGAAGACGUCGACGACGAGUUAUUUGCACUUCAGAAGGCGUCAAAACCACAAUUCUAUCCAAGACCUCAAAAUGGGAAUUACGGGGGUUACGGUGGCUAUAGACCAAACCCAAAUCCACAGCCAUUUGGGUAUUCGUAUGUGGGAUAUAUCAAUCGACAGGCUCGCCGGUAUCCUGUCAUGAUGUACACUCUGAUCCAAUGUGUGCCUUGCCAACGAGCCAAACAUCUUUUGGCGACAACGUAUGGCGAUGUGCCAUCGCACUUUUUGGAACUGGUCGGCGACAAUGACUGGCAACGUCAACUGCAAGUGGACCUUCUCAAAGUCACUCGACAAGCCACAUUCCCAUACGUUUUUGUUUGUGGUCAAUUCAUCGGUGGAUCCUCGGAUCUUUUCAAUAUGCAUCAUUCUGGACAAUUACGACAGGCACUUAAUAAUUGCAUGUCUAGGAAUGGAUGA